AUGAUCCGGGGAAAAGGAGCCAACGUCACUGCAUGGAUCCUUUCGGAUGUGACGCCGAGGUGGGGGAAAUUCGCGGGGGACGCCGGGGACGUUCAACGCCGUGACUUUCCUCAUCCUUCCGCAUCCGAGAACCUUCGGCAACACCCUCUCUCUCUCUCUCUCUCUCUCACACUCUGUCACUCUCCCCCGCACAUGGUUGGCAACAAGAAAUGGAUACCUCGUUUUCCUCUUGGGCCUCGGUACAAGGUAUCCAAGCGUAGGUAUCAUACUCUGCCUGGCUCGCACUCGGCCGGGCACAGUCUGCGGCAAAGUGAACACAACACCCCGAGACUAGCCGGCCCGUCAUCACCACCGUGCCGCUGGCUAGAACCCGCCCGUUGGUUCCUGCUGUGUCCCGGCGGGAGAGCACACACACACGCUGUGGCACGGCGCGGCGCGGCGCGAGAGCGCGGGCGCGGGCGGGUUCAGAUCCUUCUGGCUUUGUCUUUGCUCCUUCAGCCAUGUGCCAUGUGGUGUGUGUAG